CUUCCUUCCUCAUAGCUAGUAGCUCCACCACAAAGGACCCUCACCUGCUUGACCUAAUUUCUCUCUCUUAGAUAUUUCUCUCUCUAAAGAGUAAGUGCUACUUCUGGUGCUGCGCAGGGGAAGGACAAGAGUUAAUCAUAGACCAAGAAAGUAAGAACCCCACAAACUCACUCUUAGUUGGUCUUAGCUUGGUCCAACUCCAAUCCAAACCCUGCCAUAUUUUUAAAGAGAUUCUCACUCCACCUCACCCCCUCUCUCUCUCUCUCUAAAGUCCAAAGUCCAACCCAGCUCAAGAGAGAGAAAGACGAGAGAGAAGAAAAAGAAAAUUACUAUUGUGGAUGACUGAUGAGUGAGAGAGAGACGAAGUGGAUCAAGAUCAAUCAGCCAACAGCAACUUAAAACCCAAGAAACAAAAAAACACAUAAAAAUAAAGAUAUCAUCUCUCUCUUCCUCCAAGUCCAAACCCUUCCCUACCAAAUGGACUUAUCAAAUUUCCAACCCAACAACAACAAGAAGCAGCAGCAGCAGCAGCAGCAAAACAGCAACACUUCCACUUCCACUUCUAACAACACCACAAGUCUCCACCACCACCAUCUUCUUCCUCAUCUUCAACAAAAAUUCCAACACCACCACCAACAACAACACCCCUCCUCCUCUUCCUCUUAUUCUUCUUCUUCUUCUUCCCACUUUGUGGGCCCCUUUGAUGGCAUCAGAUCUUCUUCAGGAGGAGGGGGAGGAGGAGGAGGACAUCCUUCCAUGGGCUCCAUCUCAAUUCAAGCUGGCCUCACCACCACUUCCCAUUCUACCCCACCACCACCAACAACUUCUGCUCCUUCCUCCUCAUCUUUCUCCUCUUCCUCCUCCACCUCCUCCCCCUCCUCCACUUCCACCUCCACCGCCCCUCCCCAACUAGUCGACGCCUCCCUCGCCAUCGCCACCAGAUCCGAUCCCCACCCACCCACCAGACCCGGCUCCCUUCUCGACUCCGCCAAAAAUAACCAAAUUCAACAGCAACUGACCAUUUCACCCGCCACCACUCCGCCUCCAGCAGCAGCAGCAACAACGACUCCAGUGGCCAAACGAUCCACCAAGGACCGACACACAAAAGUUGAAGGCAGAGGCCGACGCAUACGAAUGCCGGCAACCUGCGCGGCCAGAGUCUUCCAGUUGACCAGAGAACUGGGACAUAAGUCUGACGGCGAGACCAUCGAGUGGCUCCUCCAGCAAGCUGAGCCUUCCAUCAUCGCCACUACCGGAACAGGCACCAUCCCAGCCAAUUUCUCAACCUUGAACAUAUCCCUGCGCAGCAGUGGGUCAAGUCUCUCUGCUCCGCCUUCCAAGUCCGCCCCUCACUCCUUUCACGGCGCCUUGGCUCUCACCCACCGCCCUCACUACGACGAGGGUUUUGCCCAUUCGGGUCUGUUGGGGUUUCAUCAACAACCUCAACAGCAGCAGCAGCAGCAUCCACAGCAUCAUCAUCAGCCGCAUCAGUCUCCUCUCAUGACAGCAGAUGAAAUUGCAGAAGCGCUUCCAAGUGGCGGCGGAGACAGUGGCGGAGGCGGCGGUGGAGAAUCGACUGAGAAUUAUAUGAGAAAACGCUUUAGAGAAGAUUUGUUCAAGGAUGACAAUCAAGAGCGAGGAGAAAGCGGCAGCGGUGGUGGAGUAGGAUCGCCGUCCAGGAACAAGGCAUUUAAGGGUGGGAGUAGUUGUGGGUUACAAUUGCCAAAACAGCAGCAGCAGGGAGAGGAGCUAGGAUCUUAUUCUUCCGGGGUUUUGAGGCCUUCAAACAUCUUACCCGCCACUGCGAUGUGGGCAGUGGCACCAGCCCCAACAAGCGGUGCUGGCAGCACAUUCUGGAUGCUGCCAGUAACUGCUGGUUCGGCUGUACCUUCUAUGGCCACCGGAACAUCUGGGGCAGGUCCUUCAGAAGCAACCCAAAUGUGGACAUUCCCGUCCGCAACCGCCAGUCACGUAAGCACAUUGCAAGCGCCAUUACAUUUCAUGCCGAGGUUCAAUCUUCCGGGCAGUCUUGAAUUCCAGCAAGCCGGCAGCCGAGGGAGUCCCCUCCAGUUGGGCUCCAUGCUAAUGCAGCAACAACCGUCUCAGCAUCUCGGCCUCGGAGUUUCCGAGUCGAAUUUAGGCAUGCUGGCAGCGCUUAAUGCUUACUCUAGAGGAGGUUUAAAUAUGAAUUCCGAUCACCAGCAGAAUCAUCAGCAUCCGUUGGAUCAUCAUCAACAACAACACCACCAGCAUCAAACUACGGAUAGUGGAGAUGAAGGCCCAAACAGUUCUCAAUGACAUGAAUAAUAUAUGAUUUGGAAGUUGAAUUUGUAAUGAGAUGAGUGCAUGGAUUUGUAUUGAACCAUGAGAGAAGUUAGAGAGGUACAUGAAAAGAUAGGUUUCAUUUAAGCGGGUGCUAGAUAUCAUACCGUUUAGUUUCGUAACUAUAAAACAAAAGAUUGCAGGAAAAA